AUGGGUCGUGGCAAAUUGGCUUUGGAGCUGAUCCCGAAAGAGAAAGCGCGCAGGAUCACCUACGAGAAGAGGAAAAAGGGUUUGAUGAAGAAGGCCCAAGAGUUCACCACCUUGUGCGGCGUUGACACGUGCAUGCUCAUCUAUGGCCCCGCGGGGGCUACUGCCACCGCCGAGCCCGAGGUGUGGCCCUCGAGUCCGGAGAAGGUCAAGCUGGUCAUCGAGCGGUACAGGAGCGAGGGCGCCGACCGCCGUGCCAAGAGGACCAUUGGGCUGCCCGAGUUCUUCACUAAUCGGAAGAGGAAGGUUGAUGCCGAGCUCGCCAAGGCACGACUAGCCAACUGGGAAGCCAAGUACCCGGUCUCGGAGGCGCUGAUCGAGGGCUUCUCUGAGGAGGAGCUGAGGAGGCUGUUGGGCUCUCUAGGGCGCAAGCUCGAGGCGGCCAAGGCGAGGCUGGCCGCCAUGAAGGAGGACGCGAUGAGGAGAUCGUCAAGCCAUGUGUAUGAGCAUCAAAUACAUGCGCAUGAUCAUGUCUAUCAUCAUCAUCACAUGCAGGGCAUGUUUCAGGACGUGCCAAUCCCAAUGAAGCAGCCAUCCAUUGAUGUAAAACCACAUCUUGACUGGCCAUAUCUUAUGCAGCAGCAGCAGCAACAACCCCUGUUUGAGCCCGACUGUCUCAAUUCUUCAUUCCCGAUGCCGAGUGAGUGGUGGGCACAGAAGAUCCAAUACCGGAACCACUGCCUCGUUGGCGACGUCCCGCCAGGGCCGAGUGGCUGCGGCGGCACUGCGCUUGUCAACAACUUCCACCACUCAGUCAGCUUCCCGGCAAUGCAGAACUACCAGAUCACCACCCUGGAGGGGAUGAUGCUCUCGGAGACGUCGACAUACGGCCCCAUCGUGGGCAACGUGUCGCUGGGGGGCACUUCCAGCUCUGCGGCGUGCUACGACACACAGUUGGUCCAGCUGGCCCCGCCACCCGGGCCGCUCUCGGUGAUGCAGGGUGGUCCGAUCCCAAACCAGAUGAAGCAGGCUUCUUCGCAGGGGAAUCAUCAGUUUCAUGAUUAUCACUGA